GUACUGGUUCGUAGGAUUGAUUGACUGCAUAUUGGACAUUUGAGACUCACAGGAUAUACAGGUCAAGUGAAGUAGUGAUUGAUUGAGUAAGGAAGUGAUGGGCAAGCAGAACAGUAAGUUGAAGCCAGAGGAGCUGGCCUCCUUCCGGGCUCAGACCGAGUUCACAGAUGAAGAGAUAGUCGAGUGGUACAGGGGGUUCCUCAAGGAUUGUCCGUCUGGCCAAUUGAGUGUGAGUGAGUUCAAGAAGAUUUAUGGAAAUUUUUUCCCCUGUGGAGACGCCUCCAAGUUCGCAGAGCACGUGUUCAGGACAUUCGACGUCAACGGAGAUGGAAAGAUUGACUUCAGGGAGUUCAUCUGUGCACUGAGUGUGACAUCGAGGGGCCAGCUAGACCAGAAGCUCAGAUGGGCAUUCAGCAUGUAUGAUCUAGACGGAAACGGAUUCAUAUCCAGGGACGAGAUGCUAGAGAUAGUUUCGGCCAUUUACAAGAUGGUGGGCUCCGUGAUCAAAAUGCCCGAAGAUGAACAAACUCCGCUGCAGAGGACCAACAAGAUAUUCAAACAGAUGGACAAAAACGUGGAUGGGAAACUAUCCUUGGCAGAAUUCAUAGAAGGAGCCAGAAGCGACCCCUCUAUUGUGCGGCUGCUGCAGUGCGACCCAAGUGGGGUGGGGACAUCCUAGAAAACUUAGACUGUCAACCCUCCUCCCUCUAAAUAAAAAAACUCUAUCCUGCUGCCGAACACAUCUGCCCCCCUCCUACUCCCCCACUCAACCUCAAUUUCUGCUAUACUUUGUCCGCUCAAAUCAGAGACCCUUCUUCUGCAUAAGCGUAACAAGUUGCUACGAGAUUCUGGUUUAGUACUACUUAGACGUGCUCUAUCAGUAGUGAGAUAUAUCAUUUCAUUUGCUGACAUGAAUGGCAGUUGUUGUUGUUGUUCAAAUCAUAACUAUUAGCCCGAGUGCAAUAACCGAAUGCGUGAACAAAUCACUUUUGCGUAACAGAAACAGAUCGAAUUUCUAUUUUUCUGUAUUUUGUUGAGGUCAAAAUUCGGUAUUGAUUUUAUAUUUUUCUAAAUUGGAGAAACCUGGUUUGAAGCAAACAAUACCAAAUUUUUUGAAAGUUAAUUAGUAAUAAAGCUCAUAUAUGUGCAUGUAGUUAAACAUCAAAUAAGUUCUAAUAAGUGUUUGCUUACAAGAUUUUUAAUGAUUAAUUUUGAGUGGAGGUAAAUGAUGGUAAUUUCAAUAUGAUGAUAUUGGUUCGUUUGCUGAGAUGAUUAUAAAGAUAACCAACUUUAUGUGUGCAGUAUAAUUAUAAGUUGAUUGUUGUGUAGUUUGUCUACCUAACAUUACCUAUUUUCUUAACUUCUUUUAAAAUUCAACUCAACCCAAUUGGCCAUGAAUUUGAACCAUAUGCCGGCCAAUUGAGUUACAGUGUGUGCUAAGGCUUUGAAUCCAAAUGUUGUUUCUCAAAACAUCUGUUUGUUGGCCAAGUUCUUUGAAUCCAAAAAAUAAUAUCAAUUUUUAA